CCGAAGCAGUGUGUCCAGUUUCAAAACCAAGCGUGCGUCCUUGGUUUUUUUUUUUUUAUAACAAUUUAUUGGGAAGUAAAAGUGAGGAAGUUUAAUGGACACGAAGCCGAUAUUUAAUUGGGUGUAGUUUAAUAGGUUGUUAAUUAUUGUAGGGUUAAAAUGAAUGGGACUAUGAUCGGUCCAGGUCCGUACCGGGCAACAAAGUUGUGGAACGAAACCAUCACGCUUUUCCGUGGAGGGAUGCCGCUAAGAAGACACUGGGCUCACUUUCGGAGUUACGAUAACAGCUUCACUGGAUCAGAGGCUGUUGAUUAUCUCCACGAACUGCUCAAGAGGAACCAGAACUUCGGGCCAGAGGUGACCCGCUAUCAGUCUCUACAGUUGCUCAGGAAGUUCCUGAAGAACCAUGUGAUCGAAGACGUUAAAGGACGCUUUGGUAAAGAAGACUUUGAUGACAACGGACGUUUGUACAGAUUUCCUCCACAGUCACCCCUCAAGCCAGUCCCUAAGCGUAUACCGGUGGUGCAAAUGGGCUUUGUUCCACAGAUGCUCCGAUGGGAUGACUGCGAAGACACACCAGCACCCUCAAACAUACCCAUGAAGCCGCUUGUAUUGAAUUCUGAGACCUGGAACAAGAGACACAGUAUUGCGAUAGGAGAAGUUCAUGAGUGCAAACUGAUUCGGAGGAGAGACAUCACGCCAAAGCAUGUGGACCAGAUAUGGAAGUCAAUGACUCUGAAGCACCUACAGAGCGUUUUGGGACUCCAGUCUUUAGACGGCGUUCUGGAUGCCAAGCUCUUGAGCCCCAAGCAUACUGUCUACAACGUGUUUAGUGUCAACAAACAAGGCAUUGUUGUUCUGAAGAACAAAGCAGAGGAUCUUCCUCACUGGGUUUUAUCUGCAAUGAAAUGCUUGGCAAAUUGGCCGAAUGGAAAUGAGAGUAAUCAGCCCAUGUAUCCUGGCUUUGAGCGAGAUGUUUUCCGAACGGUAGCAGAACACUUCCAGAGAUUAAAGGAGCCGCUGCUGACAUUCCAUCUGUAUGAAAUAUUUGUCAGCAUUCUGGGACUUCUUCCACAACAACAGACUGCGGUUGAAGCGCUGCAGGUUUCCUGCCUCCUCCUGCCUCCAGCCAACCGGCGAAAGCUGCAGCUGUUAAUGCGCCUGAUGACUAAAGCCUGCAACAAUAAGCAGCUCCCUCCCCUUAACGAUACCAUAGGAACACGCACCCUGAUGGUCCAGACUUUCUCCCGCUGCAUUUUAUGUUCAUCAGAUGAAGUGGACCUGGACGAGCUGCUAGCCACCAAACUGGUCAACUUCAUGAUAGACAACCACGAGAAUGUGCUAAAGGUCCCUGCUGAGCUGCAGAGAUCGGUGCAAGAGCAUCUAUCCCACCUACGUAGAGCACAGAUAAAGUACGCCGGUGCAGACACAGACUCCACGCGGGAAUCGCCAGCUCACACCUUCUGCAGACAAAUCAGCAAGCAGGAGUUUGAGGAACAGAGAGUCACAGGCUCCCAGGGAGCGAUAGUGGAGCUACUGGAAGGGAUCAUUCAUGACAAGACCAUGCAUAUAAAGGACAAGAAAAAGAAACUGAAACAGUUCCAGAGAUCCUAUCCUGACCUCUAUCGCAGUCGCUUCCCGACACCCGAGAGCGAAGCUGCAGUCUUUCCAGAGAGAACUCAGAAGCUCAAACCCCAGCUGACAUUCUUCACCCUGAAAAAGAAGUCUUUGCAGCCUUUCCAGAGGAGCUGGAGCUUCCGUGCUUGAACUAAAAAUACAGUUCGCUCACCACAAAUCUGACAAAAAACAACAGUCUACAGAGCCACGGUUAUCAGCCUGUAGCUUCCAGGUUGUGUUGUAUGUUUAUAGAGCUGGAAUUGUUCUGGUUUAUCUUAUCUCAUUUGCAUGAUUUCGGGGAUAUUCCAGCUUUUUAAUUACACUUGAACAAAUGACACUGGGAUAUGUAUUAUUUAAUUUAAUUCAUCUCAUUUCACUGUAGGAUUUACCUUUUUUUUUAUAUGUAAGUAUAUACUGUGUUAAAUUAUACAGCGAAUAAAAUUCAUAUAACACUAAUUCACCGGAGGGGAAUUCACUUUGCUCUGAAUUUAUCCAGGUGAAAUCACAAGCCUCAGUCUUGUGCGGUAAUCAGAAAAAAGAAAGCAGUGAUGUGGUCUGUUGCGUUCUACAAAUUAUUUUAUAUCCUUAUUCAUUAGGCUAACAGUGAUAACAUUGUUUUUUUUUCCCUCUGGCUGCUAGAUUGUCUUGUUAGCAAUGUUUCAGGUCACCUCCAGGUCCACUGCUGCCAGGCUUGUGUUUUUUUCAGCUCACUGCUUAGACACAGGUCCAGGAAAUAAAACUAGAGUUGUGCUGCAUCAGUCACUGCCUUUCAUCUCAUCCACUAAACAUCACCCUCUUGUUACAAACACAAGCUAAAUCACAUGCACCUGCUACAGUCUGUACCUAUGAAGAGCUCAGUUUAAGGACUUUAUUUUAUUAAAAUCAUGGAACGUACAUUUUUGUUUUGUUUGUUUUUCUGCUAUCGUUUUCUCUCUAUAUACUGCAUCAGAACAUUUUUGUAUUGCGGUUGUACAGUUGUGGUUGAACAAACAAUUUUGUACUUUUAUGGAACGUUUAAAAUAUCAUAUGUCUGUAUUUAAAAGAUACACAUUUCAUUUUGGUUGUGUAUUUUGCUACAGUGUUCAUUUUUGUUUCUCAGCCAAGGUAAUGAUCGGUUAUUUCUGAUGAUCUGUUUGUAAAGUGAACAUUUAUCAUGAGUUAAGUUUUUUUUCUGUAAAUGUUAAACUACAUGUGGCCGUGUAUCAAGCUGUAUAUUUGUAGUGUUUGAAAUGCUGGAGUUACUGUUACUGUCUAAAAUGUUUUAUGUUGGUCACUGCUGUAAUAAAACAAACCUGU